AUGAGUGGCUGUCAUGGUUCUGUGCCCCAGGAGCAACGGCCUGGUACCGCUCGGGUUCUGGUGACUGAGCUGAGUGGUUCAGGCCACAUCAACCCAACUCCUUCCACUAAAACCUGCAGGGACUCUGAAACAGCAGUGGAGCUUUACCUUUCCCCAGAUGGCCUGAAGUCGCUGUGUGGAACUCAGGACCUUUCCCACGUAACGUCACUGGAGGUCUGCGUAGACACUCAGGAAAACACACUGGGUAACUUUGGUGCUUACUUGCCCAGAUUGGUGAGGCUCAAAAUGAACAACAGCAUCAUUAUGUCAGUGAGAGACCUGGGAACCACCCUCUCCCACCUGCAGGUGUUGUGGAUGUCUCGCUGCUGCCUGCAAUGCCUAGAUGGCAUUUCGACUUUGUGUUCUCUUAAGGAGCUGUACUUGGCUUACAACUACGUGUCAGAACUGAGUCCGAUUGGUAUGCUGGAGAACCUGCAGCUGUUAGAUCUGGAAGGGAAUGACGUGGAUGACCUCGUCCAGGUUCAGUAUCUGGGUUUGUGUCCUAAACUCCAGAUACUUACCCUGGAGGGCAACCCAGUGUGUUUACACCCAAACCCGACUUCCACUCAGAUGGCAGACUAUAGCUACCAGACAGCAGUGAGGGAGCUGGUCCCUCAGCUGCGUUACCUGGAUGGUGAAAGGGUAGAAGAGGACAAGCCGAGCUGCCAUACCACCAAGGGAGAAGAGCUGGAGAUUCUCAUAAACUCCAUUCGAGAUUGUAACUCCUCUCUGGCUGCUGGCAUGGACGAGGAGACAGCAGACAGUGCGUGUCCUUACAGCAGACCCAGCUCUGCCAGACGUCCUUCUUCCAGCCUCUCCUGCAUCUGGCCCAUGUCAUCAGCGGCCUCCAGACCACAUACUCGCUCCAGACCCAUGUCGGCAACCAGACCUGCAGUUCUCUCCCCUCCUGGGUCCAGACCUGGUUCUGCGGACUCAGAUCUAGCAGCAGUGGAAGCGGAAACCAGUGCUCUGACACAUGGAGCUGGCAAAAUUCUGUUCUGUGGAAAUCCAGUCCAGGCUAUUCGAGCGAGACGAGAAAAGUUGAAGACAGCGCCCACCAAAUCUACCGUCACCCCCCGGGACUUGCCCAUCCAUGUACCAGAACACACGUAUGACCUUGAGGAGCCUGAUCUCAGAGAGCGCGUCAACGUGUUUGCUGAGCUCAGAGCUUGGAGGGAGCAGCAUCGCAGUCGUCUUCAGGCCAUAGAGAGAGAAAGGUUACCACAGAUCCUGGCUAUUCAUCAUGAUGAUGAUGAUGAAGAAGAAGAAGAAGAGGCAGAUGAUGAUGAAGAAGAAGGCUUUAGUGGUAUGAGGAGUGACAGUAGCGUUGAAGAACCUGAAGAGGAGAAACACUGCGACAGCCGAGAUGCUGCCUCACCAGACUCCUCUUUCGAGUCUCUUUCUCCAGACCUGUAUCACAGAGAAGCCUUAUCCCCUGACAUGGCUCGACUGUCCUUGUCCCCAGACACCCCGCUGUUCCCUUCACCCCCUCUCAGUGCCACUGCAGCUUCUGGUAAUCGGACGAUAUCACAGAUCCGUGCACGCAGGCUUCGUCUCAGCCAGGCCAACUCAGAAAAUGCACCUGAUUUCAGCAGAGUAGCAUGCAAGCCUGGAACAGGUACAGCUGCCGCAGACACAGACCUCAUACUCCAGAGGGUCCAGCAGAUGACGAGGACCAAAGCGCCUGUGUUGCCCCAGUCUGCACCCACACCCCAUCCACCUCCAGCAAGUGCCCUGGGCGAAGGGCUCAUGGACUCAUGUGUGGAGAUGAACCAACCCAGUGCACAGCUGCGGCCUCACAAGUACAAGAUGUCCAAAAUCCUGAACAGGCCGGUGAUUACACGCCCUCACACAGCCAGGGCAGCCCUACAGAAACACCACCAGCACCACAUACUCCAGCCCAGCAGAGGGAGCUCCCAGCCAGACUGACAGCAGGCAGGGCUGGCUGGCAGAAAUGAGUAUGACUCGAAGAACUGUUCCACUGAGGGGGAUUGCUCCCGUUAUUUGACUCAUCGCUCAGUCAUGACUCAUCGUCCACACCGUGCUUUGAGGUGUGUCAGGGUUGCUGCUUGUAUUUAAAGAUGCUCUCUCUCUUUUAGUUUAUGAAAUCACUGACUGUUCUCCUGUUGGGACUCAGCAGUGCAUCAACAUCCAAGGAACUUAUUACUCACAGGGCUUUGACAGGAGUCGUCAAGUUAUUAACAUGACUAAUAGUGUACCUGGAGGACUUGCUAUACCGAGAUAAUCUCUCUAAUACGACUGAGUAGCCGGUUUUAGCUGGAUGAAAAUGAAAUCGGAUGUAACUGACGCCUCACAUUUGCAAUUCUCAGGACAAAAUAC